UAAGACUAGGCGGGGUUGGAGGUGGCCAAGGGCAAAAUGACUGGGCUACCGGGCGCCAGGACCUGCCCAUGCCUGGGAGAGGCCUCCGACCUGAAGAUCCCCCUGGGCGCCAAGUUCAGGGAACCGCUCACCGAGGCUCGGUUCCAGCAGCUCUUCGGGGACGCAGAGCAGGAGCCGGAGCUACUCGCCGAGCCCCGCUUGUCGCGUCUGUGCAGACGGUGGAGGCGGCGGGCCCGCGCUGGCUCCGGACCGGGGGCGUGGCGCCUGCUGCUGGCGCGGCUGCCCCCGCUGCGUUGGCUGCCCCACUACCGCUGGCGGGCCUGGCUGCUCGGGGAUGCCGUGGCCGGAGUGACCGUGGGCAUCGUGCACGUGCCCCAGGGCAUGGCUUUUGCCCUCCUGACCUCCGUGCCUCCAGUGUUCGGACUCUACACUUCUUUCUUCCCCGUCCUCAUUUACACCUUGUUGGGUACUGGGAGACACCUGUCCACCGGAACUUUCGCGGUUCUCAGCCUCAUGACGGGCUCGGCCGUGGAGCGGCUGGUGCCUGAACCCCUCGGGGGUAACCUGAGUGGAAUCGAGAGGGAACAGUUGGACGCUCAGCGGGUUGGGGCGGCUGCAGCCUUGGCCUUCGGAAGCGGGGCGCUGAUGCUGGGCAUGUUCGCGCUGCAGCUCGGCGUCCUGUCCACCUUUCUGUCGGAGCCUGUGGUCAAAGCGCUGACCAGCGGGGCCGCGCUGCACGUGCUCGUGUCCCAACUGCCGAGCCUUUUAGGGUUGCCCCUCCCGCGCCAGAUUGGCUGCUUCGCUCUCUUCAAGACACUGGCCGCCGUGCUGACCGCGCUGCCCAGGAGCAGUCCGGCCGAACUGACCAUCUCGGCACUCAGCCUGGCGCUGCUCGUGCCGGUCAAGGAAUUGAACGUGAGAUUCCGAGACAAGCUACCCACCCCGAUCCCAGGGGAAAUCGUCAUGGUGCUUCUGGCCUCUGUGCUCUGCUUCACCUCUUCCCUGGACACAAGAUACAACGUCCAGAUAGUGGGGCUGCUGCCUAGAGGAUUCCCUCAACUCCACCUCCCCAACCUGGCUGCGCUGCCCAGGCUUCUGGCCGACUCGCUGCCCGUGGCACUGGUCACUUUUGCUGUGUCCGCCUCCCUGGCCUCCAUCUAUGCAGACAAGUAUAGCUACACUAUUGACUCCAACCAGGAGCUCUUGGCCCAUGGUGUCUCCAACCUCAUCUCCUCCCUCUUCUCCUGCUUUCCCAACUCUGCCACACUGGCCACCACCAGCCUACUCGUGGAUGCUGGUGGGAACACACAGCUGGCAGGCCUCUUCUCCUGCAUAGUCGUCCUCUCGGUGCUGCUGUGGCUGGGGCCCUUCUUCUAUUAUCUGCCCAAGGCUGUCCUGGCCUGCAUCAACAUCUCCAGCAUGCGCCAGAUGUUCUUCCAGAUGCAGGAACUUCCACAACUAUGGCGCAUCAGCCGCAUGGACUUUGCUGUAUGGAUGGUCACAUGGGUGGCCGUAGUGAUCCUGAGUGUGGACCUGGGCCUGGCCAUUGGUGUGGUCUUCUCCAUGAUGACUGUGGUCUGCCGCACCCAGAGGGUGCAGUGCCUGGCACUUGGACUUGCCGAGGGGACGGAGCUCUACAGACCACUCAGAGAGAGCCACAAGCUCCUCAAGGUCCCGGGGCUCUGCAUCCUGAGCUAUCCAUCACCGCUCUACUUUGGGACCCGUGGGCAGUUUCGCCGUAGCCUGGAGUGGCACCUGGGGCUUGGAGAAGGAGGCAAGGGAGCUCCAAAGACUAGCCCACCUGAUGCAGUUGCUGAGCCCGUCAGAGUGGUGGUCCUAGACUGCAGCGGUAUCGCCUUUGCAGAUGCUGCUGGAGCCAGAGAAGUGCUACAGGUCAGGGGCGGGCUGGCCAGCCGAUGCCGAGAUGCUGGGAUCCACCUUCUCCUGGCUCAGUGUAAUGGAGCCUACUGGUCCAAAGACUUGCACAGUGUGGGUCUGACCCAGUCAUCUGGAGUGUGGAGGGCCCCAGCAAUAUGUGUGUGUGGAGUCCCCUUACUUCAUGUAACUAAUAAAAUAAAGCUGAGAGCCUCUGGGGUUCAUGAAGUGAGCCUGGGUGUCCGCACACUGAGCCCUGGUGCCCCUUUCUCCAUGCCCACAGCACUGCAGACACAACUAAAAAUGGCUUUCACUUGUGUGUUCACCAGCCCUCACCCCAGCUCCAGAGUCACCAGUUCUCUCCAUGGGGUGGAGGAGGGGGUUGGGGCUGGAGCCUAUGCACAGAGUCCUGGGUCCAGAGAUGAGGGAGAGGGGCACAGCCCUGGGAACACACGUGGGGGGGCUUCCCCACCCCCUCAGUCCCAAGGAGAUGAGAGGAGAGUAUUUCCACUUUAG